CCACAUUCGAAUGACACGUUUCCCUAAAUCAUAUACAUGAGAAUUAGACCGUUGCCUGAAUGUGCGGCGAGGCAUCGGGAAGCCAGCAAACCGGCCUGUGCCGAGAGCUGACUGGCUGAUCGCUGGAUUUUUAUUUCCAGUAUUAAACUCUGCAAGGGGGGCAAUAAGUGUCUUUUUUUCCCAGUAAAAGGGAGAUUGAUAUACGUUAAAAAACCUUUCGAUUAGUGGGGUGGACGGCUGCCGGCUAGUGAUAGCACCUCAGCCAACGAAACUGAGAGGAAAUGUUAACAUAAAGCUGUCAAAUAGCCCUUAGCUCAAGUACAUCGGAGUUUCGGAGGACAAAGAAAAAUGGCUAACUGCCGUUUUGCCGCUGGUUGAUGUGCAUAACUGAAUGUUAAUUGCUGGCAAUUACCUGUAUAUUUGUCUUAAGGGGGUCUUCGGACACUUCGGUGACUUUAUUACCGCUAUAAUUUUAGGAGUGCGGCGGUUAGUCUCACGGGUAACGUAACCGACAGCCGCGUCUCAUAGCCCCUAUUUACCUGUUUACUUAUCUUGCUUUAACCAGCUGUUGUAGGUCGGGUUUGACAGGCCGUGAUUUAUAUAUACCGGUUUGUCCAGCGCUACACAUAUUUUGCUCUGGUUUUAUGCCUUACUGACGGUAAUGAAAUGAUUUAACUUUUGUUUUUGAAAAUCUUAUGUAGACGUUAACGGUACUGUCGGGCUUUCUGCCUUAGUAGUGAUGUGUAUAGCGUCAGCUGUGGCUGCCUCUGGUAAUGAUGUGUGGGUUUUACUGGAGAUCCGUUAAAGAUUCCGUCCUGGACUCGGAUUAAUGCAGCUGGUCGUGAUGGGCAGACUAGAUAAUCCCUCCUCGAGAGAUGUGCACGUCCUGUAGAUGGGGGAGGGAGGUGAGGGUCUGAAAGUAGAAUAAUGGUUCUCGUUCUCUCUGUGGACGUGUAUGCAAAUGCGGUUAAACGUGCUGUUUUGUUUGUGUGAGUAAAAGUAAUAUCGAAAUGAGGUCUACAUGUCCAAGGACCAAUGCCGUUUAUGCCUUGUCUGGAGUACUGGGGAAGAAAUUUAAAGAACACUACAUUUUGAGGCACUAAAAAUGACGACAUCUUGGAGUGACCGUCUACAGAACUAUGCAGACCUUCCGGCCAACAUGGACGGACUUGCUAUGAAGAAGUAUCGCCGAGAAGCCUACCACAGAGUGUUUGUAAACAGAAGUUUGGCAAUGGAGAAGAUCAAAUGCUUUGGUUUUGAUAUGGAUUACACUUUAGCAGUAUAUAAGUCACCGGAGUACGAAUCCUUGGGCUUCGAUCUGACUGUGGAGAGACUGGUCUCCAUCGGAUACCCUCAGGAACUCCUCAACUUUGUCUACGAUUCGACUUUCCCUACCAGGGGCCUGGUGUUUGAUACAAUGUAUGGGAACCUGUUGAAGGUGGAUGCCUAUGGGAACAUCCUGGUUUGUGUCCACGGCUUUAACUUCUUGCGGGGUCCUGACAUUCGAGAGCUGUAUCCAAAUAAGUUCAUCCAACGGGACGACACGGAACGCUUCUAUAUCCUCAAUACCCUCUUCAACCUGCCAGAGACCUACCUCUUUGCAUGCUUGGUAGACUUUUUUACCAACUGUGAUAGAUAUGCAAGCUGUGAAAAGGGUUUUAAGGAUGGGGACCUCUUCAUGUCCUACAAGAGCAUGUUCCAGGAUGUCCGAGACGCUGUCGACUGGGUUCACUUCAAGGGAACUUUGAAGGAAAAAACUGUAGAAAACCUGGAGAAGUAUGUGGUAAAAGAUGGAAAGCUACCUCUUCUGCUGAGUCGCAUGAUUGAAGUCGGCAAGGUCUUCCUGGCCACUAACAGCGACUAUAAAUACACCGACAAAAUCAUGACAUACCUAUUCGAUUUUCCUCACGGGCCAAAGGUGGGUACGGCCCAUCGAUCCUGGCAGUCCUACUUCGACCUGAUCCUGGUGGAUGCAAGGAAGCCACUGUUCUUCGGCGAGGGGACCGUGCUCCGCCAGGUGGACACUACGACGGGCCGGCUGAAGAUCGGGACUUACACAGGGCCGCUGCAGCAUGGCAUCGUGUACUCUGGAGGGUCCUCAGACAUCGUGUGUGACCUGCUGGGGGCAAAGGGUAAAGACAUCUUGUACAUCGGAGACCACAUCUUUGGGGACAUCCUCAAGUCCAAGAAGCGCCAGGGCUGGCGGACCUUCCUGGUGAUCCCUGAGCUGGCCCAGGAGCUCCACGUGUGGACCGACAAGAGCUCCAUAUUCGAGGAACUGCAGAGCUUGGACAUUUUCUUGGCCGAACUCUACAAGCAUCUGGACAGCAGCAGCAACGAGAGGCCGGACAUCAGCACGAUUCAGAGACGCAUAAAGAAAGUGACCCACGACAUGGACAUGUGCUACGGCAUGAUGGGAAGCCUCUUCCGCAGCGGCUCGCGGCAGACCCUCUUUGCAUCGCAGGUGAUGCGCUACGCUGACCUGUACGCGGCCUCCUUCAUCAACCUGCUCUACUACCCAUUCAGCUACCUGUUCAGGGCUGCCCAUGUGCUGAUGCCCCAUGAAUCCACCGUGGAGCACACCCACGUUGACGUCAACGACACCGAGUCACCGCUGGCCACGCGCAACCGCCACUCCCUGGACUUCAAGGACUCCGACUGCAAGAGGAACCAACUGACUCGCUCCAUCAGCGAAAUCAAGCCCCCCAACCUGUUCCCCCAGACGCCCCAGGAGAUCACGCACUGCCACGAUGAAGAUGAUGAUGAGGAGGAGGAGGAGGAGGAAGAAUAACCUGUCUGCCAUGGGCUACAGGUGUGAUUCCCUUUUUGUUUCUGUAAAGGAACCCCAUUGCAAAUCUGUUGUCGUGAAGCCGUACGAGGUCUUGUACGUACCAGGCGAACUUCGUACAUCAAAAUUGAUUUCCCCCAGUUUAUUGUCUGUGUAUCGAAAAGAGCCACGUUAUUUGGAGCCGACGAAUUAGAUAACCACAAAUGAAACAUUAGUUUGUUUUUACCCAUUUUUAUUUGUUUUUUUUUUUUCUGUGAGCUUGUUCUGACGAGUCACUUUUAUAAGACCAAACUCAUGUGCUUGCUUCAUUUUGAAGCUUAGGUCAUCCAUUCUGUAUUAUCCUGUCUGUCUCGGUGGAAGCACCGACUUCUCCUCACUAACAGGCUGCCCCAGUCCCCCAGUUCUGUCUACGUUUGAGUCCACAGCAUAUGCACAAAAAAAAAAAACCGUGAUGCAACUAUGAAAUUGCACAGACUGCCCAAAGGCAGCGCUACUCUAUGCUCCCUGCCACACGGAGUCACGGGGGUGCUGGGGGAGCAGAGGCAGGCUUAGCCUUACUGAGGAUGAUCUGGAAUUCAGAACGGUUUAGUCUUGCGGUACCGUACAUCACAUGACUGCCAUGACUCAGUAAUACGAAUGCAGUUGAUCCAGUUCCCCUGCUGACACUGUGAGAGCUUGAUAUAAGAUCUGAAAUGAACACAGGAGCCCAGUAUGCCUGUGUGUGUGCGUUUGAUAUACAGGAUGUGUAUGCUCCAUUAGUUAUGUCCCUUCUAAUGGAAAACCCAUGUAAUGUUAAUAACCUGACCUUUGUAACAUACAAUGUAAUGAUUACGCGUUGACUAACCUCGGUCAUGGUUCAAAGAGAAUAUCAAGUGAAAUUCUAGAGCAGACCAGCAUGCAUUUUGCCCAUGAUCCUGCUCAGUGCCUCAUUGUCUGAAUAAGCAUAAAUGGUUAUAGUGGAGAUAGGCCUAUUUUGAGACAGUAUUCAGAACAAUAUUGUUGUUUGCUGCAGUUUUCAAAUUGAGAUGUACUAUUUUAGACAAGUUCCAGAAAUUAAAAUCUUGCAGUAUUUGUAAGGAACAGUUUGUGCAGAAUAUUUUGAGUACAUGGAAUGUGUUUGUUUUUCAUUGACUUUUUUGGGAGAAUGUAGUUUGGUACAAAACCAGUAUUUUGUCACUGAGUAAACUACAACCUCCUUGCAAGAGAACCAGCCCUGCCCAUGCUGUUAGCAUUACCACGCAGUCUGUGAUGCUGUUUUCUAUGAGAAGUUAAUGCUGCACAGUGACUGAGCGCCUGACCUGAGAUCUGUGGGUGCAGGUGUGGUUGUGUCAGCUUACCUCAUUCAGACACUAUACAGAUGGCACCGUGCUCCUGUCUACGGUGGGCCCUCAUGGCAGCUCUCAGACCUCAGGGGGUCUUAUAGGAGCAUAGACAAAUGCAACUUCUGACCUGGAUGUCUGCGGGGUGCUGAGCGAACUGACCCAAUUUACAGGGUGACAAGGUUCUACAUGCAAUGUUAAAACUGACAGUGUUUUAACGGCUGUCUGCUCCGUUUGCAUUUGUUUAGUAGUUUUCCAGCUACUGGAAAGUCUGUGGAAGGGGGGAAUGGCAUUGGCUGUGCAUCCUCUACUGGCAGAAGUGUGGCAGGCAGUGGGGAUUUUCGGGACUUUGUAAAUGAAACAAGUAAGGAAAGAAAAUAUAUGAAAGUGGAUUAGUGGGAAACUGCUAAACCGGUGAAAAACUAAUUGUUUUAGUUUUUAAAUGUAAAAUGUUUGUAUGCAUUAAAUACAAGCAUGUAUUUUAGAGGAAAAAACUGUAUUUGUACCAUGGAUGUAUUGCUGUAAGACAGUAGCGACUAGAGAACUAAUUUGGUUAUUUUUUUAUUACUAAGCCUAGUCUGCUGAUUUCGGUUAGCACUGUAGCCAGAACGGUACCCAUCGUGCAAACUGUGCUUAUGGGAAAUAUCCAGUACAGUAGGCCGGAUGGAUAAAGGCAUCCACAGGAGCAUAGCGAGAUUCGGAAGCUUUAGGUUACUUUGACAAAUUUAUACGUAAUAGCAAUAGCAAGUUAUGAAGGUAGAUGAAUUCAUUCACAAACAGUAGGGAUGUUAAUGUGAAUGGCCGUAACCUUACAUUAGAAGUGGCACCAGUAGCUGCAGUGCAUUUUUGUUAUUUAGUUCUCCUGUACUUCAUAAUUCAGUUCUGUGUGUAUGUAUAUUUACUGUUCUUGCCAUACUUUCGAAUGAACUAUGUUUCCUCUAUCCCUUUUUUGCUAUUUUGAAGAAGUAUGUUGAAGUAAACAUUUCCUGGAACGUGGUUUAACACAGUGUAACGGUUUAAAGGUGUGCUACAAUAUACUGAUACGUUUUUGUUUGUUUCUUUGGGGAGUGCUUUCGUUUUUUCUGGCCAUAUCACAUUGAGUGCCAGUUUUUCAUGCUAUUUUUAAAUUAAACUUUGUGCGUUUAGUUUAAAAGAAAAUUGUGUAUUUUGUUUCCAAACAUUUUCCAUAUACAAUAAAGCUGUUUAACCCUG